AUCUGAAUCUAUAAUCGUUAAGAAGUAAUUAUUUUCUGGUUAUCUAUAGAUCCAAUACACAUUGCAAAUACACCCGCUCAAAAUGAUUUACUCAACCAAACCAGCCUACAAAAUCAUUUCAAAUAUAUCAAAAUUGAGUGUUUUAAAAUCAUAUACUCCAGAUUUAAUUCUUUGGGGUGGUGCAGGUUUAUUCGCUGUUGCUACUUUCACUGAUGGUAUUCCAAAAUUCAAAGACACUUUUUACAGCAAGAUUCCUUACGUUGGUGAUCACUGGCAAUACCACCCAGAUCCAGAAGAUGUGUCAAAUUAAAUUGCUGUAGCUCAUUUGUUUCAUUUUUUUUCAUUCUAUAAAUCAAUAUAUAUUCUACUAUUAUGUAGUAAUCUCAUGUGACCAUAUUUACUUUCUUUUUUACCUCUACCCUCGUUCUACUCUGGUUUUACCUUAGUUUAACAUAGUUCUGGAAUAGUUCCAACAUAGUUCUCAAAUAACUCCAACAUGGUCCCAACACAGCUACACUGCAGCUCAUAUAUAUCCACGAUGGCUAAUUUGAUUCCACGAUGGUUAUAUCAGAACGAAAAGUGUCCCACUUCUUUUCGCCAAGCAUGAGGGACCUCUUUCUUUUGCUGUGAUUGGCUGAUUUCUCAAAUCUUAACCACC